GUGGAAACCUGGAGGAACUCACCCUGAGGAAGCCAGAUGGGCUUCACAGAAUAGAUGCCAUUGCAUUUGGGCCUUGAAAAGGAUGAAUUGUCUGGGUGGUGGCAAACAUGGAGAGGAACUUUCAUGCAGAGGGUGUUAAGUGUGUGAGGUAGUUCAAGAAUGGUGGGUGGGUCAUUAGUUCGUCCUCCCUGGCAGGGGAGGGGUGGGAGAGGAAAGAAGAGGGCCUUUGAGGCUAUCCUGUGGCACGACAGUCAGUCUCAGGUAGGCAGGGAACUGGCAUUCCAGGCGUGGAAACAGCCCAGGAUAGAUCCUGUGAGGUCAGGAUUGUCCCAUUCCUUGCUCCGCUUACCUCUGCAAAGUACGUUAAAAUAAAGUAUUUAUGGUGUGGGUCCUCUAUGUCUUAAUACCUUUUUAGGGGCUACAUUCAAGUUAAUGAACAAGACCUGGGUAUCACACACUGGUUACCCACAGACAUGACAAGCAUGGGAGAUGUGCUAGACGAUAGAGCUCACGUCCCGGCAGCUCAGACAGCCUAGAGGACCCUGAUAGCUAAUGUCAGAAGAAAGUGACUCACUGAGAACCAGCCCCUCUGUGGCCUCACUCUCCGAAAAUGAGCUGCCACUUCCUCCGCCCGAACCUCCCAGCUAUGUGUGCUCCCUGACGGAAGACUUGGUCUCCAAAGCCAGAGAAGAGCUUCAGGAGAAGCCCGAGUGGAGACUCCGGGAUGUGCAGGCCCUUCGAGAUAUGGUGCGGAAGGAGUACCCGUACCUGAGCACGUCGCUGGAUGAUGCCUUCCUAUUGCGCUUCCUGCGGGCUCGAAAGUUCGAUUAUGACCGGGCCCUGCAGCUGCUGGUCAACUACCAUGGCUGCAGGCGGAGCUGGCCAGAGGUCUUCAGCAACCUGAGACCCUCGGCCCUGAAAGACGUUCUCAACUCCGGAUUCCUCACGGUGCUGCCCCACACCGACCCCAGAGGCUGCCAUGUUCUCUGCAUCCGACCAGACAGAUGGAUACCGAGCAACUACCCAAUUACCGAGAACAUCCGAGCCAUUUAUUUGACAUUAGAAAAACUCAUUCAGUCCGAGGAGACCCAAGUGAACGGAAUUGUAAUUCUCGCUGACUACAAAGGAGUGAGCUUAUCUAAAGCAUCUCAUUUUGGUCCUUUUAUAGCCAAGAAGGUGAUUGGCAUCCUUCAGGAUGGCUUCCCCAUUCGGAUAAAAGCAGUCCACAUAGUGAACGAACCUCGAAUAUUUAAAGGCAUUUUUGCCAUCAUAAAACCAUUUCUGAAGGAAAAAAUAGCAAACAGGUUCUUCCUCCAUGGGUCUGACCUGAACUCUCUCCACACAAACCUUCCAAGGAAUAUCCUCCCCAAGGAGUAUGGGGGCACAGCUGGAGAGCUGGACACUGCUACCUGGAACGCAGUGCUGCUGGCCUCAGAGGAUGAUUUUGUAAAAGAGUUCUGCCAGCCUGUGCCUGCCUGCGAUAGUCUCCUGGGGCAGCCCUUGCCAACUGAAGGGCUGAUCUCAGAUGCACAGUGUGAUGAUUCCAUGCGAGCCGUCAAGUCCCAGCUCUACUCCUGCUAUUAGCACUCUGCUGGGAGAGUCACCCUGCACAAUCCCUUCCUUAGAAAUGCACACGGCCUAAGAUGCGAAGGCCUCAGUCUCGCUCCAUCAUUAUACAGCAGCACGGAGCUGCCUAUAGAGAUUCAAGGGCAAGCCCAUCGCAGGCAGACCUUUGACUACCCGGGUUAUUCCAGGGAGGAUAUGGAAAUUGCCCUGGUGAUUCCCAAAUGUUUGGACCUGUUAGUCUGGAAGCUCUAUCUGUUUCUUAUGCAUCUUGGAAGCAACCAGAGUCAAAGUCACUCUGAAGUGACCAGAAGACAACCUGAUUGAAGCAAUUUGGAACACUGAAGCAAUUUGGUCAUAACUCUGAAGAAAUUGCCAAUCCUGAAAGGUGGCCACAUAUGGGACUUUUGAGUCUCUUUCUCAUAAGCCCUAGGUGUUGACCGCUGUUGCACAUCAUCAGCAAAGUUAAAGGUUCAGGACCUAGUUGUCCUUGGCUGGGCCUGGAAAGCACUGUUAACUGAACAGUAGAAAUAACAGGACACGGGCAGUUCUUAAUGAUCAAAUUUGGAAGCCAGAGGCUUCCAGGAUUGAAUUUUGCAAUAGAAACUUCUCAGACCCAUAAA